GCUGCUGGCCCCCCAACACGCGAUGUUGCUGGAUGGAAAAAGGUGUGGGCAGAUUACAAAAACCAUUUAAAGUCGAAGCUACGAAAAACUAAAAAUAGUUUAGCCAACACGGGUGGCGGGCCAUCAAAAUAUUGCUCGCUAACCCCAUUGGAAGAACAAGUGGAGAGAUUAAUGGCGAUGGGGGAGGCAAUUGAUGGCACAGUAGGCGCGUCAAAUUUCGGAAGUAUUUAUGCCAGCCAAGAUGCUGAACGUCCAACAAGCUCAGAAGCAUUUAGAGAAAAUUUUGCAGACUGUGAUGAUGUGAUGGAAAUAUGCGUGGAGAGCAACGAAAAUGCUACAUCCCAUCAGCAGACUCCAGUAAAAACAACACGGCGGGUAAGUAAAGUUGUGGAGAAAGAUGCACUCCUCCGAAAACAAGUUGAAAACCAAGCGACGCUCCACGGAGAUUGUCUUUCUGAAUUAGGAAAGAUUCACGAUGAUCUAAAAUACUUGGGAAAGCAUAUGAAGAAAAACAAUGAACUAAAAGAGAAGAAAUUAAAACUACAAAUUGGGAAAUUUAAUUGCAAGAAGGAAAUGGACUUGGAGAAGAGGAAACUAAUGAUUAAGCAGCUAAAAUUAAAGCAGCAAUUUUUACAAAUAAAAUUACAAAGGAGAGAAUUAGAUGGUUAAAGUACUAGAAAAAUAAUGUUAAUUAAUUAA